AUGGAAAUCCCGGCCCCGCUGACCCCUGCUGGGGCGAGGAGAGGGGAACCGUGUGCGAUGUGGUGGUCCCGCCCUUCUAUCGUUCCACCGCAUCCACCACCCAUCACCGUCCAACCGCGAGAAUCCUCAACCAUGUCAGCUUCAAACGGAAGCAGUGCCGCAAAUGUGGCCAUCAUCGGCGCCGGCCUGACGGGUUUGCUUGCAGCGCAUGGGCUAAGAAAGAAUGGCUUCGACGUUGCCGUGUUUGAGAGGGCCCACCACCUCGCUGACCGACCCCGCGACUGGACAAUUCUCAUCCAUUGGGCCAUGCCCCUCUUCAAGAAACUGCUCCCAGAGCACCUCAUCGAGAAGCUGCCGGAAGCUCUGUGUAACCCGGACCUAAAAUUUGACGAGGAAUCUGAGAGCUUGCCGGUGUUCAGCGGUGAAACGGGCGAACUGCUCUUCAAGAACAAGGUCCCGGGGGCACGGCGAGUGUCUAGGCAAAGGCUUCGUGGUCUGCUGGCUCACGAACUGGACGAGGCGGGGAUCAUCCGGUGGGGCAAGCGGCUGGCUGGGUUUAGCCAUGGGGAGGAAUCGGAGGCUGGUCCGGUGCAGCUGCAAUUCGAGGAUGGCACGACAUAUGACGCAAACUAUGUCCUCGGCGCCGACGGCUCAUCGUCUAAGUUGCGCCAGCUACUGUUUGACAAGGACGAAGCUGCGCGUGUGCAGCUGUCGGGUUUCAUGUUUGCCACAGCCAUUGUGCAAGCACCCCAAGCGCGGUGCACAGCUGACUUCUUCUCCCUAGUCAUGUACGCGGAAGCCUCGGACGACCUCGGCCGGUGGACAACGAUGUGGGUCAAGAUCUGGCGGAAGAGCGUUACACCCGUUCCCGAGGGGGUGACUGCAGGUCAACAGGCACUGGACUACCUGAAAGCGACUACAAAGGACCAGGCCGAACCGUUCCAAUUCUUCAUCGACUGGACGCCGGACGGCAGCGAAUGCUACAUCGACGAGAUGAAAUAUUGGGUGUCGCAGCCGUUUGACAAUCGUGGAGGGCGCAUCACUCUGGCCGGCGACGCAGCGCACCCGAUGCUGAUUUACCGCGGGCAGGGCUUCCAGCACGCAAUCCUUGAUGCGAGCCACUAUCUCGAUGCGCUCGUCCAAGUACGCGAGGGCGCGGAGGCCCUAGGGUCGGCAAUUUCGGCUUACGAUGCCGAUAUGAUUGGGAGAGGCGCCAAGGCGGUGCAACAGUCGGUCCAGGAGGCCGAACUCUCGAUGGACCCAAAAACUGUCAGCCAGAUGCUGAUGGCCAGACAAGGGCACGGUAGCACACAGCAACGGGAUUUUUCGAACUAUUCGCUACCGAACCCCGGCAAGGCAACACAGGCCGACAACGCCGCCACAGUCGCAGCCAACACAACCGUUGACAAAUUCCCCGCAACCGUCCCACACGGUGAUCCCGGUCCCGCUCUGAACCAAUCCGCGACGCAAGGAAGCCCCACACGAAGUCCCGCCGCCAGCCCACAUGUUGUCCCCCAUGAGCAAAACGAUGGUCAACAGCACCAGCAGCAGGAGGAGCAACAUCCUAGCAUUAUUCCUGCUGCUGGGCCCGAUGAAGUCCACGAUGAAAACGAGUUCGCCCUGACCGAUGGCUACGAGACCGCUUCUACUGGCUCAACCAGCGUCACAUCUUCCGUCUACGCUCACACCUACGAGAAUGGGCCGCCUUGUGUGACGGCGAACUUUUUCUACGCGCCGAUGGCGAUAAAGUGCAAUCUAUCCUCGACAUUGGAACCAGGGACUGGGGUAUGGGCCAUUGAAGUCGGCGAUCGGUUCCCCAACGCGCGCGUCCGCGGCAUUGACCUAUCCCCGACGCAGCCAGCGUGGGUGCCGCCCAACGUCGACUUCCUCGUGGAUGACUGCGAACAAGGCGAGUGGCUCGACUGCGAUGCCGAUUUCGUCCAUCUCAGGUUCAUGACCGUCGUGCUCAAAGAUGUGGCGGGCGUGUUAAGCCGGGCCUAUGAGAGCCUGAAACCCGGCGGCUGGAUCGAGCUUCAAGAACUCUGCGCCGAAAUUCUCUGCGACGACGGCAGUAUGCCAGACAACGACCCAGUCAAGUACAUGUACGAGCUCAGCCACCGUGCCUUCUCCAAAUUCGGCAUGGACGUGACACUACCGAAACGCCUGGAGCCCAUGUUGCGCGACGCCGGUUUUGAGAACAUCCAAUGUGUCAUCAAGAAAGUGCCCAUUGGGCCCUGGCCGCGUGACAAGAUCCUGCGCGUCAUCGGCAUGUACCAGAAAAUGGCAGUCCAAGAUAUUCUGCCUAUCCUCCCCGGCCGCCCUUUCACCGCCUUGGGCAUGUCGCAGGUGGAGAGCCAGGUGACGGUCGCUCAUGCAAGGCAGGGCUUAGCCGAUACGAGCGUGCACCGAUACUUUCAUUACUAUUUUUGGUUCGCCCAGAAGACUCCCUAA